AUGCUUUACUACGUAUUAUUCUUUCUUGGCAUCAUCUCUCUGUGGUGGCAUUGGAGGGCAAGAAGGAGGAUGAGGGUUACGAAUCUUACCGGAAAAUACAUAUUCAUCACUGGAUGUGACACAGGAUUUGGAAAUAUGGCAGCAAAGGUUUUUGAUAAAAAGGGAUUCCGUGUUUUUGCCAGCUGUCUGACUGAAACAGGAGCCAAAGAGUUAAAAGCUGUGACCUCGAAGCAGCUUCAGACAGUGCUGCUAGAUGUGAGAGAUUCAGACAGUAUUAAAAAAGUGGCUGCAAGGGUCAAAGCUGAAGUUCAGUCAGAAGGUCUUUGGGGACUUGUCAAUAAUGCUGGGAUUAUGGGGAUAUCAGCUCCUACAGACUGGCUGGAUAUUGAGCACUUUAGAGAACCAAUUGAAGUUAAUUUAAUUGGACUCAUAAAUGUUACAAUAAAUAUGCUUCCCUUGAUAAAAAAAGCAAAGGGAAGGAUAGUAAAUGUAUCCAGUGUUGGAGGUCGCCUAGCAUUCAGUGGUGGAGGCUAUUUUGCUUCAAAGUUUGGGGUAGAAGGAUUUAAUGACAGCUUAAGGAGAGAUAUGAAAGCUUUUGGAGUUAAGGUUUGUUGCAUUCAACCUGGACUGUUCAAAACAGCAUUAUCCAAUCCAACAAAAAUUAUGAAAGAGAAGGAGGUUAUUUGGAAUAAGCUUCCCCCUGAUAUUAAAAUGCAAUAUGGAGAGGACUAUUUUCAGAAAGAUGCAGCAAAGAAACAAAAGCUGUCCAAGAUGUGUCUUAACGAGGACAUUUCACCGGUUGUUCAGUGCAUGGAGCAUGCCCUAACCAGCCUCCAUCCACAUGCCCAUUACAUUGUUGGGCAGGAUGCCAAGUUGUUUUGGAAUCCCCUCUCAAGAAUGCCAGCAAUCAUACAAGACUUCCUACUGCUGCAGAACAGAGUAGAGCUUGCAGUUUCCCAUGCAAAGUAA